AUGGACGCUUACUACGCGGAAAUCCACAAGCUUGAGGCCCACUUUGACGGUCUUGAGUUCCAUCGUGUCCCUAGGGACCACAAUGUCACUGUUGAUGUCAUGUCCAAGCUUGGCUCCAAAUGCGCGCAGGUUCCGGCCAGCAUAUUCGUACAAGAUCUCUGGAAACCUUCCAUCAAAAUCCUGGACCCAGACCAGGUCAACGACGCUAGCGCUCAGGCUCCAGCUGACCCAAAACCUACUAAUGUCAUGAUGAUUGAAGCAGAAGAAGACUGGCACGCUCCAUUCAUAGCCUUGAUCAUUGAUCAGAUGGUGCUAGAGGACAAGAUAGAGCAUGAAAAAUUAGGUCGGCCCAGUGCAAACUACGUCGUCAUUGGCAAGGAGCUCUACAAGAAAGUUACAUCUACAGGGAUCCUGAUGAAGUGCUUUCUAUGUAGCGAGGGCAUUGAACUUCUACAUGAAAUCCACUCGGGAACAUGUGGCAACCACGCCGCCUUGGGUAAUUUGGUCGGUAAAGCCUUCCUCUCUAGUUUCUACUAG